AUCCGUUUCCUUCUCCUGAUUUUGCUACAGUCAUCGGCCGUCGGAUGAAAUCCGGUCAAACCAAACCCCCUGUUCGAUUGCUUCUCUGACACGUGUCUCACCGGUCUUGUCCACUGCCCCUACAUCAAUCAACGUCACAAAUCCGGUUGCGUGGCAUUAUCAAUACUCCUACUUACAAACCUUCCAGAAUCUUCCACCCGCUCUCCUAGCUCUUCUUGUCACUCAGUUCCGUUGCCAUCUUCCGCGACCACAAACGUCUAGGGUUUUUGAAGAGCAGGACUCGUGUCUACAUUAAUGGCGGAUUUGCCUCGGAGUACAAUACUCGUCACUGGUGCUGGUGGCAGAACAGGUCAGAUUGCAUAUAGGAAAUUAAAGGAGAGGUCUGAUCAAUUUGUUGUGAGAGGACUGGUUAGAACUGAAGAAAGUAAGGAAAAAAUUGGGGCAGCAGAUGAUGUUUUUGUUGGUGAUAUAAGGGAUUCCGGCAGCAUUUUUCCUGCCAUCCAAGGAAUUGAUGCUCUCAUCAUUGUUACAAGUGCUGUACCCAAGAUGAAACCUGGAUUUGAUCCAUCUAAAGGAGGAAGACCAGAGUUCUGUUUUGAAGAAGGAGCAUAUCCUGAACAGGUUGAUUGGAUUGGUCAAAAAAAUCAAAUUGAUGCUGCUAAGGCUGCUGGAGUGAAGCAAAUUGUGUUGGUUGGGUCGAUGGGUGGAACAAAUCCUAAUCACCCAUUGAACAGCUUGGGAAAUGGGAAUAUUUUGAUUUGGAAGAGAAAGGCUGAAGAGUAUUUGGCUGAUUCUGGCAUUCCAUACACAAUUAUCAGGGCUGGAGGACUCCUAGAUACAGAAGGUGGCGUCAGAGAAUUACUUGUUGGGAAAGAUGAUGAACUUCUUCAGAGUCAAACAAAGACAAUUCCCAGGGCUGACGUUGCAGAAGUCUGCAUACAGGCACUGCAGUACGAGGAAGCAAAAUUCAAGGCAUUUGAUUUGGCCUCAAAGCCUGAGGGAACUGGCACACCAACGAAGGAUUUUAAGGCCCUCUUUUCCCAAAUCACUGCCCGUUUUUGAUGGUCGAAUGCCAGUAUUUGUGUGUCUAGGACCUGGAAACGAUCAAAUCAGCUUCCUGCCUUUUUUGUACAUGAGAUGAUACAAUUAAAAAUAAAAAAUAUUUUCUAAGGGAAAUGUUUAAACCGUUUCUCUAUAUAAACUUAGUGGCUGAGCUGAUAUUAACAGUUGUAUGUUAAGCCAAUAUGGGUUUUACGUCUAAUGUAUCUCUUGUUAUUAAUUGGAUGGGAAACACGCAUUUUAA